AUGAAAGCCUCAACAUUUUUUUCGGGCUUGAUUGCCCUCGUAGCUCCGGCUAUGGCGCAGAGCACCACAUCCUAUGUCGAUCCUAAAACCUCGAUCACUUUCCAACAGUUCAGCGAUUCCAAAACUGGCUACACAUUUGGAAUUGCGCUUCCGAAAAAUCCCACUACUGAUUUCAUUGGUCAAAUUUCUGCUCCCAUUACGGAAGGAUAUGCCGCCGCGUCAAUGAGCUCGUCUAUGGCCAACUCGUAUCUGAUCGUGGCCUUCCCAUCUGGCGAGUCUGUUUCUGCCUCCAUCCGACUGGCCACUGGUUACACCAACCCAAGUGUCAUCACUGAUGCCGGUAUCCAACUGAAGGAGAUUCCUUCGGGAACGUUUGUCAACGCAACGAGCUUCACCUACACCUUCCUUUGCUCGGGCUGCAUUUCCGGCGACAAGGCUUUCGACCCAACUACUGAGACUGGUGUUAUGGGCUGGGCCCUCAGCACCACCGCACUCACUGAUACUUCAUCUGCUUCCGCGACACUGAACUACCACGGUGCUGGAUUUGGCGGCUUCGGCGUGAAACUGACCGAAGCUCAGUCCGCAGACUACGAUACUUGGGCGAAACUGGCGACCGGCACGACCCCCACGAAUCCCGGUGGUGACACCCCAACGAACCCUGGCAACUUCACCACAAUCAUCUCCAACGUUACAUACGACUACAUUGUCGCCGGUGCAGGCGCCGCUGGAAUCAUCGCUGCCGAGCGUCUCGCCGAGUCGGGUGCCUCCGUCCUUCUGUUGGAGAGAGGCAAGGAGUCGCUGUACUCGAGCGGCGGACGCUCCGUGAUGGACUGGAACGACACUACCACGCAGUACGAUGUCCCCUCGAUGGCCUACUACCUCAGCAAGGCCGCUGACACGACUGAGUACUGCACAGACACGGCCAGCCAGGCGGGAUGUAUUCUUGGAGGAGGCACUGUCGUCAACGCAAUGAUGUUUGUCCGUCCCAGAGCCGCCGACUUUGACGACAAGUGGCCAUCGGGAUGGAAAUGGGCCGACGGCGUCGAGACUGCAGCUGGAAGGCUGUAUGAACGCACACCAGGCACAAUCAUGGCUAGCAAGGACGGUCAGAGAUACGACCAGGGCGCUUGGGACGUGCUCUCCAAGUGGCUUUCUGGCAUCGGCUUCUCAGAGGUGAACACGCUUGAGGAACCGGAGAAGAAGCAUGCCAUCUACAGCAGGCCCCCGUGGAUGAUCAACAAUGGUCUCCGUGCCGGCCCCGUCCGUGACUACCUGCCCCUUGCAAAGGCCCUACCGAACUUCACGCUGCAGCUGAACAGCAAGAUGCUCCGCGUUAUUCGCAACGGGACUGCCGCUACUGGUGUCGAGGUUGAGACCAGCAUCACGACCCGACAGAUCAUCAACCUCAAGACUGGAGGUGCCGUUGUGCUUGCAUCUGGCUCACUGUCCACGCCGCGCAUUCUGUUCAACAGCGGCAUUGGCCCAGCAGCGCAGAUUCAAACCGUGUCCAACGGCACAACCAAGAUCACUCUGCCACCCCAGGCCGACUGGAUCGAGCUGCCUGUCGGUCAGAACCUGCAGGACCACCCCAUCUAUACCGUCUCUUUCCAGACGAAGCAGCCCCUGCAGGCUCUCAACUCUUCGUCUUUCACUAGCCCUAGCCAGACCGACAUUGAUCUAUUUGCCCAGGGCUCCGGUCUCCUUGCCCAAUCUGGCCAGCGCCUCAACUUCUGGACCACGGUCGAGGGCUCGGACGGCAUCACGCGUUCAAUCCAAGGAACCUGCAACUCGCCCUCCAGCGACACCGUCCGCAUGAAGAUCUACCUGACCCACGGCCUCACGUCCAAAGGCAGCCUGGCCAUCACCAGCUCCGGCGCCACCACAUUCUCCAAGGAUCCGUACCUCAACACGGCAGAGGACCGCGAGGCCGUGCUGGGCUUCAUGCAGCAGCUGAUUGACUACUCCGGCAAGGCUAACAGCACCAUCAGUCUGGCCUCCAACGUCACUGCCGAGAGCCUGAUCAAGGAUCUGUCUCCCGGAGCUCACUUUAUUGGAACUGCUAGGAUGGGAAGCUCCAACGACGGUGAGAGCGUGGUGGACACCGACACCAAGGUCUGGGGCAUGGACAACCUGUUUGUCGUGGACGCCAGCAUGCAUCCCGACCUGCCGACCGGCAAUACGCAAGCCAUUGUCAUGGUUGCUGCCGAGCAUGCUGUUGAGAAGAUCCUCGCGAGUGGGAAUGGAAGUGGAAAUGGCACCGGCAAUGGUAAUGGAAGCACCCCAACCCCAACCCCCGUUACGACGACAGCUUCAGCUACCACGCCGACCGCCACCACUACUGCCACCACUCGUCCUUCUUGCAAGAGCAAGAGGAGGGUGAAGAAGAGGGCUCUGAAGUGGAGUGAGAUAGAUGGGCUGAAGAUUUGA